ACGCNCCGGAUGAUACNCAUGCGAUACUGUGGGCAACAAGACCGACCUGGCCUCGACGAAGCGCGCCGUGACCGAGCUCGAGGCCAGGCAGAAGGCGGAGGAGUUGGGUGUGUUGUUCUGCGAGUGCUCGGCCAAGACGGGCGAGGGCGUGGCCGAGGCGUUCGACCUCCUUGUGGAUUGCCUCAUGCGCGGCUGGCAGCGCGUGGCGCACAUGGCCACUCCGGCACACGUGCCCAGCGAGGCCCUCCUCGCCCAGCUCUUUCCAGACCCAGCCACCAGCACCACCGCAGGAGCCAGCGCCCAGCAGACACAAAGAUGUGCCCUCCAGUAGUGAUUUUACUCUCCAGCUCAACAGAGACCGGACUGGAUCUGGUUCUAUUAAUUUAUUUCUUUUAUUUGCACCAAUGUCAAACUGUUGCAGGCGGUGGUGGCUGCUGGUGA